AUGUUAAGUGUGGACGCUUUGCAAGUAGCAGAAGAGGAGGUGGUUGAUUCCAGCUCGAAUAAACUAGGCGACAUUUACACUUUUGUUGCCAAGGGAUGCUUCCCUCAGUCGAUGAAUCCCCUAAGGAAGAAGAAUCUCAAAAGAUACGCACAGAAAUUCAUCAUCGACGAUGACAAGCUAUAUUAUGUUGGACCAAAAAAAGAAGAAAAAAGAGAGGUUGUCAUUGAGGCUGAGCGAAAGAGGCAAAUUUUUCUCGACUGUCACUUUAAUGACAUUGGACAUCAUUUGGGUCAGAAGAAGACCGUCCACCGAAUUCAAAGCAAGUACUACUGGCUGGGCAUCAUCAAGGAUGUGGUGGACUGGAUUAAAGUAUGCGAGACAUGUCAGCAUGCAGAGAGGAAUAAAAAUCUGGCAAGAACUGUCCGACCCAUCAAAGUUGAUGCACCAUGGGAUAUAGUCGGAAUUGACUUCAUAGGGCCUUUCCCAGAGACCCAGCAAUGCAACACACAUGCUGCAGUUCUCAUUGAUUACUUUAGUAAAUGGCCCGAGGCCUUUCCUGUGCAGAAGAUGGAUGCUAUCUCUGUAGCAAGGUGUAUUUCGAAAUGUAUGUCCAGGUUUGGUGCCCCUAAAACCAUUGUAUGCACACAGGGCCCAGACUUCUGUGAUGAGGUUACAAAUCUGCUGAGCAACAGAUGGGGCAUCUUGCAGAAAGUCUCUCCUCUGGCUCAGCCUCAACUUAACCCACUACACGACUGCACCAGUCCAUUGCUGAAGGAGGCCAUUGAGCAGAUGGUGACGGAAAAGCAGACAGACUGGGAUGAUUUUCUGGACCCUGUCCUGUUUCUCUUUAGAACAUCCAUAAACCCCACAACCAAGUUCACUCCUUAUUCUCUCAUGUUCAACCGGAAAGUUAACACCCUAAACCAGGCUAUACAUGACCCACUUGGAUAUGAUGAUCAUGAACAAGAAGUGUAUCCUGUCAAAGAGAAGGCUUCUACAUACAUGACUAUUAUGCAGGAACAGCAGAACACAGUUAAGCAGCUGGUGAUAGCCAAUAUGAAAGCAGCCUACAAACAGGAGCAGAAGAGCAUGAAAAGAAAAGCACACAACAAUCCCUCAAUGACUUUAAAAACAUCAACGCCACUCUUUUGUGAUGGAGAUGCCUCUUCCUCGAAAAAACUAAAAGAAGAAGGUUUAUAUUUGACUUUGCCUGUGGAGACGGUGCUGGCCACCGAGCAAAGCAGCACAGAAGUUCUAAAAACUGAGUUAACAUAUCAUUUGGCUGAGUCUGAUGGACACUGA